GGAUACUGGAUCUAGAAUAAGUUUAGGUCACUUUGAAGUUGUAGUUUCAAAUGUCAUUUCUUGCACUGUGGGCUCCAAUCUUUACUGAAGAAGUUUUGGGUGGUGCGAAUGGGAAGGGUGAAGUUGUGCAGCCGCCAGAAAGAUCUUUCUGGGCCAAAUAUUGGAUGUAUUUGAUCCCUCUUGGACUCAUAGUCAUGAAUGCCAUAACCCAAGCAAUGAAUAUGCCCGAGGAACAGGCUACUAGUCAAUUAGCAUCACAAGCACAGCCAGCUGCAGCAAUGCAGCGUGUAUCGAAUGCUGUAGUGUGCAAAAGAUGACAUUUAACUAUUUUGGGGACAAAUACUGGCUAAAAUUUAUAGUUAGAUUGGGGCUCGGAUUGAUCUUCAUAGGUUCCCAAUUGCAUGAAAAUGUUUAAUUUAUACUAGUGAAUCAAGUUCUUUUUCUUUU